UCCAAUAUCACUCGACAAUAAUCCAUUUAUUACUUUAGAGAUUAACCCUUUUGAUCAAUUAAUUCAACGCCGACAUAAAAUCCAAAAACCAAAUUCAUUCUCAUCCAUAUAAUCAAAUCAGCACCCUUUCACAAACCCAAUAAAAAAACAUUUAAAAAAACAAAGAAAAGGAGGGAGGGAGGGAGGGUGAUGCAUCAUUAUUACGGCUGCUGCUGCCGGGGAUGCAGACCGGCUGCGUCUCCGGUGCCGGUGGCGGUGAUGAUAGCGGUGGCUCUGGUCCUAUUAGGGCUCUCUUCCGUCGUAAAAUUCGAAGUGGAGGUCGCUACGGCGGAGGAGCGGCUCAGUUGGAUCCUCCUGGCCGCCGUGCCGGUGGUUCUGCUCCUCGCCGUCCGGUGGCUGUCGUAUCGAGAUUCUUGUAAGCCAUCCUUCUACUUGUGUCCAUGUGGUCGGUGGAAAUGCGGUUGCUACUACCGAUAGUUAAUUACUUUUGUAAUAAUUGAAAGGAAGGUGAUGAGCGGCUUGUCCUGUCGUGUGUAUAGAUAUUUGUUAACGUGUGGAGAAUGUAAAUGUUAUAAGCUUUGACUUUUGAUCCAUUUUGUAGAACAUGUGGCUAUAUAUAGAUUAUGUAAUUAUAUAUUGGAAUAUAUAUAUAUAUAUAUAAGACUUUUUGUGACGGUUGAUUGCUUGUAAGUUUUAGAGUUUGUGUUUGAUUAGCAGGUUUGAUUUAGAGAUGGUGUAAAUAUAUAUAGAUAUACAUAUAUAUAGAACUGCUUCAACCCA